GUACAGUAGUUUCAUUUUUAAUAGUAGAUGUCUCAUUUCAAUUAUUAGCGGGCAAAGCAUAAUAAUAACAUCAAAUAAAACAUAACCUAAAAUUUAUAGAAAGACGUUCAAAAUAAAGCUAAGAUGUUUUAUCAUAUUUCAUUAGAGCAUGAGAUUCUCUUACAUCCAAAGUAUUUUGGACCACAACUUCUAGAAACAGUCAAACAAAAAUUAUACACAGAAGUAGAAGGUACUUGUACUGGAAAGUAUGGAUUCGUAAUAGCAGUCACAACAAUUGAUAAUAUCGGUGCUGGUAUAAUUCAACCAGGAAUGGGUUUUGUAGUAUAUCCGGUUAAAUAUAAGGCAAUCGUUUUUCGGCCUUUUAAAGGUGAAGUUUUGGAUGCAGUUGUAACACAAGUAAAUAAGGUUGGAAUGUUUGCUGAAAUUGGACCUUUAUCUUGUUUUAUAUCCCAUCAUUCCAUACCAGCAGAAAUGCAGUUUUGUCCGAACAAUAAUCCACCAUGUUAUAAAAGUAAAAACGAAGAUAUCACGAUAAAUACUGAUGAUGAUAUUCGUUUAAAAAUUGUUGGUACUCGAGUUGAUGCAACUGGAAUUUUUGCAAUUGGAACUUUAAUGGACGACUAUUUGGGAGCAAUUGGAAACAGCUAAAGACUUUUUUUAUUAAAACUUAUUUUCGGUGUUUGAUUAAUUAAGUAAGACAAC